AUGUCAAAAGUCAAUACAGAUGAAAAUAAUUUUAUAAAUAACAACAACAGUAAUAAUAAUAUUAAUAAUAAUGAUAAUAAUGAUAAUAAUAAUAAUAAUAUUCAAAAUGUAUCAAAUCAAAUUGAAAAUGGAUUAUUAAGUAAUUUACCAACUAUUAGUAGUUCAUGUGAAAGUUUUUCAAGUAAAUCUCAUUCAUUAACAGAGAGAAGAUCAUCAAUAAAGAAUUUAUUAGAUAAUUUCUCAACACUUUUAGAUAUAUUAGAAAUACCACAAUUAAUGGAUACUUGUAUUAAAAACAAUUCUUUCGAUGAAGCAUUACAAUUAGAAUCAUUUGCAAAGAAAAUUUAUAAACAAUAUUCAAAUAAUACUGUUAUAAUUGAAAUUAUUAAAGAGAUAAAAGUUUGUACAAGAUCAUUAAUUAGCACACUUCAACAACAAUUAAGACAAGAUAUAACAUUAACAAAUUGUAUUAAAACUAUUGGAUACCUACGUAGAUUAUCAAUUUAUAAAGAGAAUGAAUUGAAAAUUAUAUUUUUACAUUCAAGAGAUCAAUGGUUAAUUAAUAGUUUAAAAUUUGAUAUUACAAAUUCAAAUCAUGUUACUUAUUUAACAAAAUUAACAGAUAGUUGUAGAACAAAUAUAUUUGAUAUAGUUACACAAUAUAAUGCUAUAUUUUCAAAUGAAUCAAAUGAUGAGGAUCAAUUGGAUGAUUUAAUAUUGUAUAAUUGGAUUCAACAAAAGAUUAAAGUCUAUAUAAAUAUAGUGGAUUCAACAUUAAAUCAUAUUAAAAGUGGUUCUUCGAUUUCAUAUGUUUUAGAGAAUUCAAUGUAUUUCUCAAUGUCAAUAUCACGUGUUGGUAUUGAUUUUAGAAAUCUAUUAGAACCAAUCUUUGAAAAACAUAUUCUAAAUAAUUUCUUAUCACAAAUUACAACUGCAAAUCAUCAUUUUUUAGAAACUUUAAAAACUUAUAAAUUUCCAUUACAAAAAUCAACUUCUCCUACUUCCUCUACCACAUCUACUUCUUCAUCAUCAUCAUCAUCAUCAUCGUCACAAUAUAUUUCACCACCAUUAUCAAUAUUACAACAUCAACCAUUAGCAGUUUUAGUUAAUUUAAUUUUAAAAUCAUUUAAUGAACUUAAAGAUUGUUUCCCAAUUUCUUUAAGAUCAAUUGUAAUUUUAAAAUUAAAAGAAUUAAUUAUUAGUAUAGUUGGUGGUGUAACAUCAUUUUAUAAUCAACUAUUAUCAAAUACAAUUUCAAAUUUAAUAAAUUCACCAUCAACAACAACAACAACAACAACAACAACUAUAACUUCAUCAUUCGAUAAAGUGUUUCAUUCAUUUUGUAAAUGUUUAGCUGAAGAUUUUAUACCAUUCAUUGUAAAAUGUUUUGAUAUAAUUUGUAGUCAACAACUACAACAACAACAGCAAAUUAAUGAUGGUAGUAGUAGUAGUAGUAGUAGUAAUAGCAUAGGAAUUGAUGUAGAUUCAUUAGUGUUAUCAUUGAAAAAGAUUUAUUCAACAGAAACACAAACUAUCCCAUCGACUCAAAAUAAUAAUUUACCACCAAUUCCUGAUUUAGUUUUAAGAGGAAAUAAAAACUCAUCUCCAUCAACAACAACUACACCAACAACUCCAACUCCAACUCCAACUCCAACUCCAACUCCAACUCCAACAACUCCUACAACACCAACAAUUACACAUUCAACUCCACCAUCACCACUACCAUCAUCAACUACAACUCAAUUAAAUAGUAAUAAUAAUAAUAAUGAUAAUAAUAAUAAUAAUAAUAAUAAUAAUAAUAAUAAUAAUAAUAAUAAUAAUAAUAAUAAUAAUAAUAAUAAUAAUAAUAAUAAUAAUAAUAAUAAUAAUAAUAAUAAUAAUAAUAAUAAUAAUAAUAAUAAUAAUAAUAAUAAUAAUAAUACAGAUAAAAAAGUAGAUGAAAGAAAGGAAGAAAAUAUUAUAAAAGAAGAAGAACAACCAAUAUCAACUUCAACAGCAAAUAAAAAUGAUAUUGCUAUUGAGACAAUAACGACACCAUCCUCUUUUUCCUCCUCUUCCUCUACAAAUACGAAAUCUGAUGAAGAAAUUAUAGAUAAAAUCGUACAACCAGAUCCAGUAGUCGUAGAAAAGCAGGAAAAUGAAAUCACCAAUAUUUUAAAAGAUGAUAACGAAACCACCACUGAUAUUUUAACUGAUAAUAACGAAGCCACAACAGAAAUACAAAAUAAUGAUCAAUCAUUAAACCCUGAUCCAAUUAUUCAAGAAAUAGAAGAUACUCCAUCAGAAGUUAUUGUUAAUAAUAAUAAUAAUAAUAAUGAUGACGAUGAUACUACUUUUUAA